CCUUCUUUGCAUCACUAUAAAGCAGUGCUGCGCAAGGAUUUUUUUGGUAAAGACGCUGGUAUCAUCGGAGUGCAUGGUGAAAAAUGGGACGCAUUUAGAGCCCAGGUUCAACAACUAAUGUUGCAACCUGCAACUGCAAAACGAUUUGUUGGACCUCUGGAUGAAAUUGCAGGAGAUUUUAUGCAAAGAAUUCAUGAGAUGAGAGAUGGAAAUCAGGAAUUACCUGGAAACUUUUUAGGUGAACUAUAUAAAUGGGCUUUAGAAUCAAUUGGACGGGUAGCAUUAGAUACAAGACUAGGAUGCUUAUCAAGGGAUUUGGAACCAAAUUCAGAACCACAAAGAAUUAUAAGCGCUAUAAACACAUUCUUCUGGAACGUUGCUGAAGUGGAGCUUCGAGUACCUCUUUGGAGAAUUUAUCCCACGAAGAGUUAUAGGAAAUAUAUAGGAGCUUUGGAUGAGUUCAGAGAAUUGUGCAUGAAGUACAUAUCGAUAGCGAUGGAAAAUAUGGACAAAUCGAAAGCCUCUGGUAAUUACUCUAUAGUUCAGAAAAUCCUAAACGAGACAUCAAAUCCAAAAUUGGCUGCUGUUUUGGCACUUGAUCUCCUACUGGUGGGCGUAGAUACGACAUCUGUAGCCAUGACUACGACCAUAUAUCAACUAUCACAGAACCAGGAGAAGCAAAGGAGACUACGCGAUGAAUUGAAAUCCAUAUUACCCACACCGGGCACCCCGAUCGAUGUUCAGGCUUUGGAAAAGAUGCAGUAUCUGAAAGCCUGCAUCAAAGAGGCUUUGAGAAUGAAGCCUGUUAUUCUGGGAAAUGGCAGAAGCUUGCAGUCAGAAGCAGUCGUAGGCGGAUACAAAGUUCCAAAAGGCACCCAUGUGAUUUUCCCUCACUACGUUGUGAGCAAUGAGGAGAGGUAUUUCAAAGAACCAGAACAAUUUAGGCCCGAGCGAUGGUUGAAGGCCAGGACGGAGGAUCAAAUACAUCCUUUCGUUUCGCUUCCGUUUGGAUAUGGAAGGAGGACUUGCUUGGGCAGAAGAUUUGCGGAAGCGGAAUUACAAAUAUUAUUAGCAAAGAUUUUCCGAAAAUAUGACGUCCAGUACAACUACGGACAAUUAACAUACAAAGUAUCCCCUACAUACAUUCCUGUGGAGCCAUUGAAAUUCAAAUUAACUGAAUUAAGUUAGAAAUUUCGCGCAUAUUAAAUUAUUUAAUUACAUAGAGUGCAAUAAUUCACUUAGAUAUUAUAUAU